GAAUUGCAGAGAGAUUAGAGGAAAUCCAUAUAGAAUAUGGCCACCAUCAACAUCAAGGAGUCGCUAAUUCUCAUAUACGCACUGCUAUUAAUCUUCCACGUCUUCCCCACACUCGAGGCGGAGCAUGCCAGAACUUAUGAAAGGAAGAAGGAAGCAUUCUGGGGAUCUGCUGUCAGUAAGAUGGCUGUAGGCCAAGAACACACUUCGCGUCCUGCCAAUCACAACGACGUUCCAGCCCCCUCCAGUUGACAAAUAAUAAUAAGAUCGAGGAUUCCUCCGAUCACUCAACGCCCAGUUUAACUACUCUAAUAAGAGAGCAACAGUGUCCCAAAGUAUUACUAUACAUAUAUAGUAGAAGGAUGGUUACUGUUCACUAAUAAAAUUAAUAUAAUAAU